AUGCUCCGCCGCCGCCUGCCCCUGCUCGGGCCCGGGCUGCUGCUGCUGCAGACGGUGUGUGCUGGCGGUCACGUCGCCAAGACCUUGGGGUACCUGGAGAUGGGCACCUCCGGCCUCCUCAAGGAUGUCCCCUACGGCACUCUGAAGCCCCCGGUGCUCGACCCCGGGCGGCUCAUUCCGGCAGAGCCGCCCCGGGGCGCGGGGACACCGGCGGGCACCGGACGGAGCCCCUGGGACUGGCAGAAGAACCAGACGGCGGGGGAGCUGCUGAGCCCCCGCGCCCACCGCAAGCCCAUCCUCAAAUCGAGCCGCACCAAGAAGAUUUUUGGUUGGGGCGACUUCUACUUCAACAUCAAGACUCUCAAGUUCAGCCUCCUGGUGACGGGGAAAAUCGUCGAUCACAUCAACGGCACCUUCAGCGUUUACUUCCGACACAACUCCUCCAGCCUGGGCAACGUCUCGGUCAGCAUCGUGCCCCCCUCCAAGGCGGUGGGUUUCGAGGUGCUGGUGCCCGGCCCCCCAGCACUGCCGCGACCACCGCCCCCUCCCCAGCAGAGCACCCUCCCCGAGGGGCGCCCGGCCAAGGCGCUCAAUUGCCACGUGGAGUACGAGAAGACGAACCGGGCUCGGAAGAACAAACCGUGCCUGUACGACCCGUCCAAGGUGUGCUUCACCGAGCACACGCAGAGCCACGCGGCCUGGCUCUGCGCCAAGCCCUUCAAGGUCAUCUGCAUCUUCAUCUCCUUCCUCAGCAUCGACUACAAGCUGGUGCAGAAGGUCUGUCCCGACUACAACUUCCAGCACGACAACCCCUACUUCGGCUGA